AAUCUGCACUCGGAGCAGAUAAUUCUCACUCAACAGUUGGUUUUCGUGGGAGUCGGAGCGACAACACAGUAGAAAAAGUGAUUCGGCAUUCCUUGGUGAGUUUCGAGUGCGUUUCACUAUUUACAUUUGCAACAGCAAUUGUGUUACCAUUUUAAAGGGAAGAAGAAGGUGAUCGUGGGGGCUGUCAGUCCCCCCGUUCUCAGGCUGCCGACUAGGUGCCACCCGAGUUACCGUCGUAGUUUCGCUGCUAGCCUUGUACCGGCCCAUUACCACGAUGCGCCUGAGCCCGCUGGAUCCAAGCUCCUAUUCGAAUGCUCAUGAGCUUAUCAUACGUCAUGUGGAUCUGGAUUGGACGGUUAACUUCGAUAAGAGCACCAUCUCCGGUACGGCCACGCUUAACUUCAAACUGAUCAAAAAGGAUCUCGAGGAAAUUUUCCUGGAUGUGAGCGACAUUAGCGUGUCUUCCGUCGUGGUAAAGUCUUCCGCCGGUGAGGUCCCGGUGGAUUGGGACAUCGGCGGUACGGUAGAAAACAUUGGUUCCAAGCUGACCAUCUACUUGCCGACGAAAACGAACGACGAUCUAACGCUGGUGAUCGGUUACGAAACAUCGCCGAAAGCGAGUGCUCUGCAAUGGCUCACGCCCGAGCAAACGUUUGGCAAGAAGCAUCCGUAUCUGUUCAGCCAGUGUCAGGCGAUCCAUGCCCGUUCGAUUCUGCCCUGCCAAGAUACGCCGGCCGUAAAGUUUACCUACAAUGCCACGCUUCAUCAUCCCAAGGAGGUUACCGGGUUGAUGAGCGCUAUAAGGGUCGAUUCCACACCGGGAGUAUCCAAGUUUCAGCAGAAAACACCCAUUCCCAGUUAUCUGCUUGCCAUCGUGGUGGGUGCACUGGUGUCCAAGCCGAUAGGACCCAUUUCGAGCGUGUGGGCCGAGCAGGAACAGAUCGAUGAAGCCGCCGAAGAGUUUUCCCAAACGGCUGACUUCAUUGCGAAGGCAGAAGAAAUUUGCGGUCCGUACGUUUGGGAGCGUUACGAUUUGCUGGUAAUGCCGCCGAGCUUCCCGUUCGGUGGUAUGGAGAAUCCGUGCCUAACGUUCGUAACGCCGACCCUGCUCGCGGGCGAUAAGUCGCUGGCGACGGUAGUGGCUCAUGAGAUUGCCCACAGCUGGACCGGAAAUUUGGUGACCAAUCGGAACUUUGAGCAUUUCUGGCUGAACGAAGGAUUUACGGUUUUUGUGGAAGGCAAGAUCGUGGGACGAUUGUCCGGCAAUGCGUCGCGUGAUUUCCAUGCCCUGCACGGGUUGAGCGAGCUGUCGGAUUGUAUUAAAACUCAGCUAGCCGAUACGCCCGAACUGACAAAGCUGGUCGUCGAUCUGUCCGAGUGCGGACCGGACGAUGCUUUCUCCACCGUGCCGUACAUCAAGGGUUCGACCUUCUUGCGCUAUCUGGAGGAUCUGCUCGGCGGGCCGUCCAAGUUUGAACCAUUCUUCCGCGCCUACCUGAACCGCUUCAAGUACCAGUCGGUGCUUACGAACGACUUCAAGCAGAUGCUUUACGAGUGGUUCCGCGAGGAUCCCAAGAAUGAAGUGCACCUCGAGCGAAUCGAUUGGGACCUGUGGUUGUUCGGCGAAGGUAUGCCACCAGUCAUUCCGAGCUACGAUCGAUCCAUGCUGGAAGCAUGCCUGGCCCAUGCCACCCUGUGGGCGGAAAACGAUUUGGACACCAUCCGGGACUCUCCGCUGCUGAAGCAAAAGCUGGUUAGCGUGCAGUUGAUUGAAUUCCUUGCCCAACUGCUCGAGAAGAAAACGAUCGUUGAUCUGACGGCGGAGAAGGUGGCGCUGCUGGGCGAAACGUACGGAUUCAGCACGACCAAGAACGCAGAACUACGGUUCCGCUUCGUGCGGCUGUACAUACGUGCCCGGUUGUUUGACAAGCUGGAUGAAAUUCUUGCCUUCGCCAACAGCAACUUCCGGAUGAAGUUUGUGCGUCCGGUUUACAAGGAGCUGGGCGCUUGGCCAAAGGCGAGACCGAUGGCCAUUGAAAACUACAACCGUGUAAAGGAUCAGAUGAUGACCGUUUGUGCGUACACGGUGGCGAAAGACUUGGGCAUUUCGGAUGCUUCGGCAUAAGCAAAACCGUGCGUUUUGUGCUGCAAGCGGUAUGAUGAACGCAUUUUGAGUUUUUUUACUUUUUAGAAUAAAGCUAUACAACCAGCAAAUGAGA